CGAAGCCACUUUCGCCCUGAGAGAGGCGGAGCCUCAGCGUCUACCCUCGCUCUCGCGAGCUUUCGGAACUCUCGCGAGACCCUACGCCCGACUUGUGCGCCCGGGAAACCCCGUCGCUCCCUUUCCCCUGGCUGGCAGCGCGGAGGCCGCACGAUGCCUGGAGUUACUGUAAAAGACGUGAACCAGCAGGAGUUCGUCAGAGCUCUGGCAGCCUUCCUCAAAAAGUCCGGGAAGCUGAAAGUCCCCGAAUGGGUGGACACCGUCAAGCUGGCCAAGCACAAAGAGCUUGCUCCCUACGAUGAGAACUGGUUCUACACGCGAGCUGCUUCCACAGCGCGGCACCUGUACCUCCGGGGUGGCGCUGGGGUUGGCUCCAUGACCAAGAUCUAUGGGGGACGUCAGAGAAACGGCGUCAUGCCCAGCCACUUCAGCCGAGGCUCCAAGAGUGUGGCCCGGCGGGUCCUGCAAGCCCUGGAGGGGCUGAAAAUGGUGGAAAAGGACCAAGAUGGCGGCCGCAAACUGACACCUCAGGGACAAAGAGAUCUGGACAGAAUCGCCGGACAGGUGGCAGCUGCCAACAAGAAGCAUUAGAACAAACCAUGCUGGGUUAAUAAAUUGCCUCAUUCGUAA